AUGUCACCGCCUCAACGCAUUCCCUCUGCCCUGAGAGUGAGAUUAUAUUUUACAACUUCUCCUGAAUCACUUUUUGACAGCAGCUUACAGGUGCUUUCUCCAGGAGUGAAUCCUACACAUAAUGACCAGGUCUGCAGUACGUGGGGUAAUUUCCACUUCAAGACCUUUGAUGGAGACAUCUUUCAGCUACCCUCCACCUGCAACUAUGUUCUGACCUCACUGUGCCAUAGCAAUUAUGAGGAUUUCAACAUCCAGAUGAGGCGGCAGGUGGUAGACAACCAGCCAACCAUUAGCAAGAUCACAAUGAGGCUAGAUGGCCUAGUAGUGGAGCUAUCCAAGGGAUCCAUUGUUGUUAAUGGGAAGAAGACCACCUCACCAUUCAGCCAGUCUGGCAUUCUCAUUGAAGAAACUCCCUCUUACAUCAAGAUCUCAGCUAAACUGGGAUUUGUAGCCAUAUGGAACCAGGAGGAUUCUUUCAUGGUGGAGAUGGACAUCAAAUUCAGAAAUCAGACCUGUGGUCUGUGUGGAGAUUUUAAUGGCCUUCAGCAAUUUGAUGAAUUCCAUAGUCAUGGUAUGACAUUGUCACCUGCCGACUUUGGAAACUUCUGGAAAUUGGAUGGUCCAACUGAAAGUUGUACUGAAAACCCUCUGCUUUCAAAUCAGAAAUGCACCAAUCUGAAACCCGUUUGUGAGCAUUUGUUCUCCAGCCCUGCCUUCAGUAGCUGUAAGGACUUGUUGGCUGUUGACUCAUUUGUUGGAUCCUGUGAGUCUGACUUGUGCCACUGUGAUAACCACACCAAGUCUUUCUGCCUGUGCAACACCAUCUCAGAGUACUCCCGCCAAUGUCUUCAUGCAGGAGGGAAGCCCAAACAAUGGAGGACUGAAAAGUUCUGUUUUAAGACAUGCCCCUUUAACAUGGAGUACCAGGAGUGUGGAAACCCCUGUGUUGAUACCUGCUCCAACCCAGAGAGAGGCCAGCUGUGUGAGGACCACUGCUCAGAUGGCUGCUUUUGUCCUCCAGACACUGUUUUUGAUGACGUCAACAAGAAUGGUUGUAUUGCUUUGAGUCAAUGCUCCUGCCGCCACAAUGGAAAAUCCUAUGCACCAGGAGAGUCUUAUUCAAGCACUUGUAAAGAUUGUUCCUGUAGUGGUGGUCAGUGGAAGUGUAAGGACAAGGACUGUCCUGGAACCUGCUCUGUAGAGGGGGGAUCCCACAUUAACACCUUUGAUGGGAAAGCAUACACCUUCCAUGGGGACUGCUCCUAUGUUCUGACCAAGGACUGUUAUGGGAUGCAAUUCACUGUCCUGGGAGAUCUGGUAAAGUGCGGGCUUUCUGACAGUCAGACUUGUCUAAAAGCUGUUACACUGGCUCUCUCAGGAGGAACCACUGUAAUCAACAUACAGGAAAAUGGAAAAGCCUUUGUAAAUGGAAUCUAUUCCCAGCUACCUUUUUCUGCUGCUGGACUAACCAUUCUCAGAGCUUCCUCAUUUUUCAUCAUUGUCCAGACCACUUUUGGCCUCCAGUUGGAAAUCCAAAUCUCACCAAUCUUGCAGGUCUAUAUUGCUGCAAGCACAUUUUGGCAGCAGAAAACGUGUGGCCUGUGUGGAAAUUUCAACAACAACCAAGGAGAUGAUCUUAAGGGCCUGAGUGGAGUGACUGAGGGCACAGCUAUUGGUUUUGCAAACACUUGGAAAACACGAGCCAGCUGCCCAGACAUCACAAGAAGCUUUGAAAGCCGGAGUCUAAGUCUUGAAAAUGAGAAAUAUGCCCAACACUGGUGCUCUCAGAUUGCUGAUCCUAAAGGGUUGUUUGCUCCCUGCCAUGCAACAAUAAGCCCAGACAUGUACAAAGAAAACUGCAUGUAUGACACCAAUAACUGUGAGAAGAGUGAGGACUGCAUGUGUGCUGCAGUCUCCUCUUAUGUCCACGCUUGUUCUGCGGAGGGUAUCCAGAUUAAAAACUGGAGGGACACUAUCUGCACAAAAUACUCCACCUCCUGCCCCAGCACAAUGGUCUACACCUACAGCAUAAAAAGCAAUGGUCGUUCCUGCCGCUGCAACAGUGACCCUGACUAUACCUGUUCUGUUACCUUUGAGCCUGUGGAUGGGUGUGUCUGUUCUGAGGGUACCUUCCAGGAUGAUGAAGGCAAGUGUGUACCACCAGCCAGCUGCCCUUGUUAUUACAAGGGCUCAGUAGUGCCCCCUGGAAAUGUCAUCAGCAAGGACCAAAGCAUGUGCACUUGCACGGAGGGCAAAAUCCAUUGUAUUGGAGAUUCAUCAGAUCACUCAUCAUGUGUUGCCCCAAUGGUUUUCUUCAACUGCUCAAAAGCGAGCCCGGGAGUGAGAGGAUUAGAGUGUCAGAAGAGCUGCAAUAUUCUGGAUAUGGCCUGUAUCAGCACAGAAUGUAUAUCAGGCUGUAUGUGUCCUUCUGGUCUGGUAUCUGAUGGAAAAGGAGGUUGCAUCCAGCCAGAUCUUUGUCCUUGUUCUCACAAUGGUGCUGUUUACCAACGCGGAGACAGCAUAAAGGUUGACUGCAAUACCUGUACUUGUAAAGACAGAAGAUGGCAGUGCACAACAAAUCUGUGCCAUGGAACUUGUGCCAUUUAUGGAGAAGGACACUACAUUACUUUUGAUGAGAAACGAUACACUUUUGAAGGAGACUGUGAAUACAUUCUUACAGAGGACUACUGUGGUAACAACAAUACCAAUGGCAGCUUCAGAGUCAUCACUGAGAACGUCCCUUGUGGAACAACAGGAACCACCUGCUCCAAGGCAAUCAAGAUCUUCCUGGGGAACAACGAAUUAAUCCUGACAGAGGGGAAGUACCAGGUCAUUGAGAGAAAUAGAGGGGAGGAGGUACCUUACCAGAUUUACACAAUGGGCAUCUACCUUGUAAUAGAAGCCCAAAGUGGUUUGAUUCUCAUGUGGGACAGGAAAACAAGCAUGUUCAUCAAGCUUAGUCCACAGUUUAAGGGAAAUGUCUGUGGUCUGUGUGGCAACUAUGAUGGCAAUGCAAAAAAUGACUUCACUUCAAGGAACCAGGAAGUUGUUGUCAAUCCUCUAGACUUUGGAAAUAGCUGGAAAGUCUCUGCAAGUUGCCCCGAUGCUAAAAGUGAAAGGAACCCCUGUACUGCUAACCCUUACAGGCAGUCUUGGUCACAAAGGCAGUGCAGCAUCAUCCAGAGUGACGUUUUCACAGCCUGCCAUUCUAAAGUGGAUCCCUCUCCUUACUACGAUGCUUGUGUGAGAGACUCAUGUGGUUGUGAUAGUGGUGGAGACUGUGAGUGCUUCUGUACCGCCGUGGCAGCUUAUGCAAUGGCUUGCAAUGAGGCUGGAGCCUGCAUAGCCUGGAGAAAACCAGAAAUAUGUCCACUGUUCUGUGAUUACUACAACCCCCCUGGAGAAUGUGAAUGGCACUACAAGCCAUGUGGAACUGAUUGUAUGAAGACCUGCAGAAACCGCUCCGGGAACUGUUCCACUCAGAUACCACCUCUUGAAGGUUGCUAUCCAAAGUGUCCUCCUGAUCAGCCCUUCUUUGAUGAAGACACAAUGAAGUGUGUGAAGAUCGAGCAGUGCGGCUGCUAUGACAGUGAUGGAAUACACUACAAUAAUGGAGAAAAAGUGCCUGUCAAAGAAAACUGCCAGACAUGUUACUGUAAUUCCGAGACAGUGGACUGCAAAUAUGAUGUAGAAGCUUGCACUUGCACCUACAAUGGGACCAAAUACACCUACGGACAAACCAUUUACGACACCACAGAUGGUAACUACAAGUCAUCCAACAACAGUCACCACAACUCCAACCACAACUCAGCCUCUCAACACUACUAUGACUCCUACCACUCCUACAAAAUCUACUACACUGUCAACGUCAACUGCUCCUACUACAACUGA